AUGGCGGCGAGCGAACACUGGACGGUCAAGGCGGCUAGGGGAAAGAAGAUCUUGGAAGAUUCAAUCCCGCGACAGUGGCUGCUCCCAAACCCUCCUGUGGUCGAAAGGCUUAAUGUCCUCGAUGUGCCUAAGGAAAGCAUGCCGGCCGAGCAGUACGAGAUCACUGAGCUCAGUGCUGGCGCGCUGGUCAAGCGAAUGGCGGCUGGCGGACUGAAAGCCGAAGUAGUGACGACGGCAUUUCUAAAGCGGGCCACUAUCGGUCAGCAGCUCAUCAACUUUGCCACUGAAUUCAUGUGGGAGGAAGCUCUGGAACAGGCUAAGGGGCUCGACCGAUAUUUUGAAGAGUAUGGGAAGAUUAAGGGGCCUCUUCACGGCGUCCCGGUCUCAGUCAAGGAAAUGGUUUCAUUUAAAGGCCGAACUCACAAUGCCGCCGUUGUCGAAUGGGUCGAUCACAUUGCCGCCGACGACGCCCACAUCGUCAAGAUCCUUCGUGAUGCCGGAGCAGUCUUCCAUGUCCGGACAAACCAGCCCCAGACAGUCAUGCACCUCGACAGCGGUAACAACAUUACCGGUCUCACGGUUAACCCGAGUAACCGCAACCUGAGCGCGGGGGGUUCAUCUGGCGGAGAAGGCGCAUCGAUCGGGUUCAAAUGCGCCCCAAUCGGAGUAGCAGCAGACAUUGGAGGCUCUAUUCGCUGUCCUGCAGCCUUUAAUGGCGUCUAUGGAUUCAAGCCCAGCGCAUUGAGGACCACACUCAUCGGCAUGACGGCUCCAAAGGUCGGUAACGACGCAAUCACAACGGCUUUAGGACCAAUUGCCAGCUGCAUAGACGACUUGGAGCUCUUCCUCCAGGUGGCGUCGGACGCUAAGCCAUGGGACUACAAUGCGAUGAUGAUACCCCUGCCAUGGGUUAUGAAGCCACUGCCUGAAAACUAUACUAUCGCAGUGAUGAUGGAUGACGGGAAUGUCCACCCACACCCCCCCAUGACUCGGGCUUUGAACUUCGCGAAAGAAAAGCUGCAGAAAGCCGGUAUCAAUAUAGUUGGCUGGGAACCGUACAAGUGGAAGGAGAUCGGCGACCUAGUACAUUCUCUGUAUUUCCCGGACGGCGCUGCCUGUGAGCGCGAAGUGAUUGAGGCAAGUGGUGAGCCCGUCCUUCCUCUCACCGAGUGGUCCUUCUCCUGGGCAAAGGAACUCACUCUCCGGGAGUUGUUUGCCAAAGCCCUGCAACGUGAUAAAUUCCGCAUCGAACACCAAGCCGUCAUGAACAUGCGAAAUGUGGAUUUUAUCUUGUGCCCGUCGGCACCAGGAACCGCGCCGCUCGCCGGGGACGUCCAUUACUGGUUCUAUACCUCAGUCUGGAAUCUACUAGACAUGCCUGGUGCGAUUUUUCCUAGCGGUUUACGGGUUGACCAGGAGCUUGACAAGGUGGAGGUGGAUUACACACCCAGGAAUACAGACGAUGCGCGUGAAUAUGAAAAAUAUGCGCCAGAGAGAUUUGUCGAUGCCCCUGUCAGCCUACAACUUGUUGGUAAGCGAUACCACGACGAGGCCGUUCUCGCCGCGGCCAGAGUCGUGGAUGACGUUCUUCAAGAUGCUCAUCUAGGCCGAGAGCCGAGAAUUGGAGAGGUUCGGAACCAGGACGGAGUUCCCAUGAAGAUUUCGGGAAAGUUGUGA